AUGAGGAUUCUGCCGCUGCUACUCCUUCGGAGGUUGACAUUGGUUCGGACGAUGAGCUUGAUUCACUUGGAUCUUGGGAUGAUUGUUCUAUCCCUGAUGAUGAGUCGCAAGAUGAAGUAUGUCUUCGAAGACAUUACCAAGUGUCAGACUGCAGGGACGAAGUAUCGUGGUCAUCGUCAAGCCCUUGGAGAGACCCGUCCUGUCAACAUUCCCAAGAACGAAUCGGUGGAAGCCCAGAUUGUCGCAGACGUUUUGGAGGAUGGAUUCAGUUUGAUGCAAGCUACGAGGCAAGUCAACCAUCAUCUAAAGGAGACGGAGCAGCCCUUGGUCUCCUUUGUCUCCUUUUCCUCCGUUUGGCAUCUCUCCAAGCGACUCAAGCCCUUGUACAAGCGGCUGCCAAAUGGAAAGUUGGAUCCCAACGGUGAAUAUUCUGAGGAAGACAAGGUGAUUUUGAAUGUCAAGUAUGAUGACGAGACCUGUGUCAGUCUUGGAUAUUCCGCCAAUGCCACUGAGGGGCGUGUUGUGCCACUGUUUGACUACAGCGGCAAGACAUUGUUGACAAUCAAGGACUACGGGAACAAGAAGAAACUGGAGAUUGUCCGUAUCAAGACCUUGUCGGAAAAGAGUGGCUGGGUCAAGAAGGGACGGGUAUCAGGGACGCCGUACAAGGAGGAUCCUUUGACUGCAGGAAAGGUGGCUAACUUGGGCGACGGAACCAUCAAGAAGCUGAAGAGCGUGUCCCCACCCAUCAACACCUUUGGUAAGCUAGCCAAGCUCACAAAGGGGCGCAUCAAGGAGCUGGUCCAGCAGAAGGUGGCUAGUAAGAAGAACUUGGAAGAGUGGAAGAAGAUUUGCCAGGCAGCGGAUGAUGCGCCACCAGCCAAGCAGGAUUACCACAAGGAAUCAAAUCCUUACGAGGCUUGA